AUGGAUCAUCCACCACCACCACCACCACCACCCAAAUCAGUGGCAAUAAGUUCUCGUCCACCAAGGCCACCACGAAGAAACACUGCUCCAUCAUCACAAGUCUCUCAGCGGCAGCCGCAAGAAUCAUCACCGGAAAUAAAAGAAUCUCAACUACUUUCAUGGUUUCAAGAAAUAUUUCCUGGUAGAGACCUUCCACCAUGUCUUCAACCGGAGACGAACAAUGUUCCUCCAAGAGACUACUCUUUACAACGCAUGCCAAGUCUUCCUAGAUCAAACGCUGUACCAUGGCAUAAGUCACCAGAACGAUUAUUAUUACGUGAAUUAUAUCCUCAUCUUGAUGUUCUUUGUACCGAUUUGGUAGACAAGCCCGGAGGAGGACUUCGACCACGGCGACCACCGCGGUCUCAGCCUCAGGCAAUAUCAUUUCCUUCUCUAGACUCACAGUCGCAGGAAGAAAUAGUUAUUGCAGCUCCAUCUCCGUCGAAAAGAGAACCGGUGGCAGAAACUGUUGGAUCUCCGCCCGCACGCAAAGGUGGUCUUCGCCAGUGUUGGAUAUUCGUCGUAAUCUUUCGUUGUUUUCAUAACUGUUGCACUAGCUUUGGUGCGUUCUACUUAUUUUACUCGUUCAUUUAUAAUACUAUAGCUGCUUCUACUAUUACUCACGGUGAUGAUUGUUGUUUCAGGUCUACGUUUUUAGACAUUACUUACAUAUAA